AUGAAGUCGGAAAUCUUCUACGAGUAUAUCUCAUCUGUAUUCUACCCUUAUCUUGUCGCACAAAGGAUAGAGUUCCCGGUGAUCCUCAAUGUGGAUGGCCAUUCCACGCACCUCACCAUUCAACUGAAUAAUGUGGCUAACACGAAAUGCCAUGCUGUCAAGGAAUCACCUAUCUCCAUCUCCUCUCUGACCUUGAAAUCUGUUAUCAUUGGUGAACAACUGACAUCAACCCUUGAAUUGGAAACACGUCCAGGGUCCAUGGAUGAGGUUUGGAAGGCGAUGGAGAACCUGUCAUCGUUUGACAUCAGAAGAAGAGAAGUUCCAGAUGAAGUCGACGAGGAAGCUCUAGAAAGUUCUGCGGAGCUGCAGGAUUACUUGGUCUGGCCUGGAACUUCUCAAAAGGAAAGGGGUCCGGAAGACGGAAAGAUUUCCUUGGACGAUGUCUCGUGGAAAAUGGGAGAAAGUGUUCUAGGAGAAAGAAAGACAGAAGAAACGAUUGGAUCAAGAAAGGAAGAUAGGAAGAAGGAGGAGAGAACGCCCUUCAAGUUGGAAAACGUCCUGCCUACUAUGAGUAAUCCAAACUUUGUAGAUGGUGAGAAGGAUCUUCUGCUUGAGCUCCAAGCACCAUUCAAGACUCAAGAGAGUCAUGCCAUCUAUACCUACUGUGGAACUAUCCUUGUGGCCAUCAAUCCAUAUCGAGAACUGCCCAUAUACGGCAUCGACAACAUUAGAAAAUACGAGGGUCUAGAGAAGAACAGUGAUGACCCUCACAUAUUUGCUGUGGCUGGAUCAGCGUUUGCACUGAUGAAUCGGAAUAAUGUGAAUCAGUCUAUUAUCGUGUCUGGGGAAUCGGGAGCAGGAAAAACAGUGUCGGCAAAAUAUGUUAUGCGGUAUUUUGCAUCGGUCGGUGGGCGAAAUGAUGAGAUGGAGAUUGAAAAGAAGGUCCUGGCUACCAAUCCCAUAAUGGAAGGAUCCGACCCCUUCAUCGAUCGGAACUCUGUCCUGGUAUUGAUCGGCUGUCUCACAAGGACAGUGACUCCCAAAGGUGAAAGUGGCGGCAUUCCAUCCAGAUGGGAUAGGGAUUAG